AUGAGUUUGUCAGACGAAGAAGAUUUCAACGAUAUCUAUGGUGAUGAUAACACCGCUCAAACCACGAGUUCGAGCAAUGCUGCGAACAACGAGUCUAAACCAUCAACUAAUACAACUACUACUACCUCUACAGAUAAUAAUCAAAGUAAUCAAAAUAAUAACGUUAGUAAUAGCACUAAAGAUGAUCAAAAUGAUCAAGCUUCAGCUGCGAAUAACGACACCACUAGCAGCAGUACCAACGCUACCUCUCAACUUGACCAGCUAGCGGCCUUGCAGGCACUAUCGUCUAAUCUAUCACAAUUGCAACAGCAAGUAUCGUCAUCGUCAAAUAAUGACAAGACUGAUUCAAGUGCUGCUGCUACUUCUAAUUCCAGUGCUGCUACUGCUACUGCUCCAAACACAGGGUCCGACAUGCCUCAGAUGCCUCAGAUGCCCCAGAUGCCCCAGAUGCCUCAAAUGCCAGGUAUGCCGGAUAUGUCACAAUUGCAACAAUUGCAGCAGACAAUGUCCCAAUUGCAACAAACAGCCUCCCAACACGAGCCAAAGACCAUUAAAGCCGAUUUGUCUCGUGACAUAAACAAGAUGUUCAUUGGUGGACUCAACUGGGAAACUACUGAGGAUGGGCUACGUGACUACUUCAGCAAGUACGGUACCGUUGCUGAAGUCAAGAUCAUGAAGGAUACUGCUACCGGUAGAUCUAGAGGUUUCGGUUUCUUGACAUUUGAAAACGCCUCCAGUGUUGAUGAAGUCGUAAAGACACAGCAUAUUCUUGAUGGUAAGGUUAUUGAUCCAAAGAGGGCCAUUCCAAGAGAAGAACAAGACAAAACUGGUAAGAUUUUCGUUGGUGGUAUUGGUCCAGAUGUUAGACCAAAGGAAUUCGAAGAGUUUUUCUCCCAAUGGGGUUCCAUUAUCGAUGCCCAACUAAUGUUGGAUAAGGAUACAGGUAGAUCUAGAGGUUUUGGUUUUAUUACUUAUGAUACUCCAGAUGCAGUUGACAGAGUGUGUCAAAAUAAGUUCAUUGAAUUCAAAGGUAAACAAAUUGAAAUCAAGAGAGCCGAACCAAGACAGUUGCAAAAGCAAAAGCAACCUCAGAUGUCUCAACCAAUGGGUGGUCAAGGAUUUGCUAACCCAAUGCAACAAUACCAAAUGUUCCAAAACCCUAUGAUGGCUACUGGCUUCAACCCAAUGAUGGCCGCUGGCUUCAACCCACAAUCGAUGAACGAUUACUAUACAAAGAUGCAAGAAUACUACCAACAGAUGCAACAGCAAACUGGUAUUGAUUAUACACAAAUGUUCCAACAACAAAUGCAACAAAUGCAGCAAAUGAUGGGCAUGAUGGGCGGUGCCGCACCUGCUGGCCAACCUGCACAAAGCGGUGCCGGCUCUCCACCAAGCCACUCUUCCACACCUCAACAUAACGAUGAUAGCAACGGUAUAACCACUAUAGGCGGCUCUAAUAAUGGUAGCGGCAGCAAUAAUGGUCAGGAAUCUGGGGACGAUUCAAGAUUUGAAAAUUCAUCCUCCCAUCGCGAAGAUUCACGUCGUUCAGGAGGAAAUAGAUUCUACGACCGUAACUCGGAUCGGAACAGUGGCUAUGGUAAUUCUAACCGUGAUCGUGACUCACGUCGUGGUCCAUCAUCGAAUUAUCGUAGUGGCGGCGGCCGUGAUCGUGACUCACGUCGUGGAGACCGUGGAUACGGAGGUAAUGGCAGAGAUAGACGUGGCUACCAUCCAUACGCAAGGUAA